GAGUGAGGGACGGAGGGAAUAGUUCAUCAGCCACGGAGCUGCGCGCAUGCAGGGCCACCUCCACUCCGUGCCAACCACGCCCGCCCUGGGGGGACAUGGGAGACUGUGACCCCUUCUGCCCUCCAAACUCUUCUUUGGAAGGGGGGUGGACUGUGAAGAGGACUUUUAGUUAAGGUGACACAUUGACGAGAUGAAGUUUGGGAAGAGUAUCUGCGUGCUCAACGUAGGGGGAACCCGCUACGCCUUCACCCGUGAGGUGAUCAAGGAUUUCCCUCUCCGGCGCGUCAGUCGCCUGCAUGCAUGCGCAACUGAGAAAGAGGUGUUGGAGCUGUGCGACGACUACGACCGGGACCGAAAUGAGUUCUUCUUCGACCGCCACGCUCAAGCUUUCGUGUUCAUUAUGCUUUACGUGCGAUCCGGCAAACUCCGCUUCGUCCCUGGAGUGUGUGAGCUCUCCUUCUACACGGAGAUGCUCUACUGGGGGCUGGAGAGCGCGCACCUGGACUCCUGCUGCCAGAAGCGCCUGGACGACAGGAUGUCCGAGAUCGGACUGGACACUCUGUCCGAGGAGGACAUCGGAGUGUCCGGGGACGAGUCGCAGAGCCCGGGCGAGUCGGUGCAGCGGCCGGCGCUCACGGGUCGCGCUCGGUGGCUGGAGAAGAUGCGCAUGGCUUUCGAGGAGCCCAACUCGUCGCUUGCGGCGCAGCUGUUGGCUUCGGUGUCCGUGAUCUUUGUGAUUGUUUCUAUGAUCAUGCUGUGUGCCAGCACCCUGCCGGACUGGGAUACAGCCAAGAGGAACACUGUGGAUGAGCACAGGAUAGUGGAGGCCGUGUGUAUUGGCUGGUUUACAGCGGAAUGCAUAGUGCGUUUUCUUGUAGCCAAGGACAAGUGGGACUUUCUCCGCCGGCCACUGAACCUCAUCGAUGUGAUUGCGAUCAGCCCCUACUAUGUCACCAUGGCAAUGGCACGAGCAGGGAUGCCUGGUGCUGGGCUUGGGGUUGCUGGGGUGAUACUGCGGGUUCUGAGGAUGAUGCGAGUGUUUUGGCUCAUGAAGCUGGCCAGACACUUCCUGGGCCUGCAGACACUGGGGCUGACACUCAGGCGCUGCUACCGAGAGAUGGUCAUGCUGAUGGUGUUUGUUUUCGUUGCCAUGGCGAUAUACAGCGCCCUGGCUCAGCUGCUGGAGCACGGCUUGGACUUGGGCAUGCGGAAUCCUGACUACGAGAGCAUCCCAGCUGCUGCCUGGUGGGUUAUCAUCUCUAUGACGACGGUGGGGUACGGGGACGUGUACCCUGUGACAGUUGGAGGACGGGUGCUUGGGGGAAUGUGCGUCGUCAGUGGUAUCGUACUCCUGGCGCUGCCCAUCACGUUCAUCUACCACAGUUUUGUACAGUGCUACCAUGAACUCAAACUUCGAUCUGCCAGAUAUGCACGAAGCCUGUCAGUGGAAAUGCUGCGAUAAAUUUUUGCCAAACAUCCACAGCUCUGCCUUUAUCAGAAGGAAGCUCGACAAAGACUGCUGAUCCCAUCAUGAAAUAUUGAUAAACUCUGGUCCCUGCUCCAGUCACAUGUGAUUUUAUUUGGCUUGUCUAGCUCCUGCAUGUUUUGUUGAUGAUCUCCAGUCAUCACCUUCAACCAGAAAGCUCUGUGCCCCUUAUUAACAAUACAGUUUGAACAGCUGAAUAAGAAUACACAAAUAAUUAUUUAUUGAACGCACAGAGGCAAGGUCAGUCCAGUUUUGAUAGUGUCUGCUGUUUACACUGUAUUCCCAUGGUUACAGCAUUCGCAGAGACGGCUGCUGCUUUGUGCUGCACAGAGGGCCCUGUGUAUGCAUGCAAUGUGUGUGUGUGUUUGUCUGCCCAUCAGCCUUUCACUUUUGUUUUAGCUUAGCACCCAGAUGGUACAUGUUACACAGGAUUGAUGUGCGACCUAGAUGCAUUCUGCUAAACCUGGGAAAUACUGUUAAAGAGCAAACAAGUGAGAGCAAAGUGGGGACGGGGAAGGGAUAUACAGAGGGCUUAGGGUGUAGGAGUAGCUUAAGCCAUGGAUAAUUAAAUAUGGAGACAGGUCAGCAAGCACUACAAGGUGGCAGACAAAUUCAGGGGUGACAGAUAUCACAGGGCAGAUGGAGCGUGAAAUGCACGAUAAGGAUCAUGGGACAAAAAUGACAGAGAUGACAGAAUAUGGAGCGGGCCCGAGCACACGCUGAAGAGCCCGUGUGUUGCUUCUCAAUUAUGAGUGAAUGUAAGGCAUUUAGUAUUUCUGUGUCUCCAAGGCAACCUCAUCCUCCAGCGUGUCAAUCAUAAUGGUGGGUGAUUUGUGUGCACACAGAUUGGCCACAUCAUGCAACCCCGCUGGCUGCAGCAUAUUUAUCCUGCGAUUAUUGGGAAUAACUCACAUUUCUAAAAUUUUAAAAAAGGAGAAAGAAAGAGAGGAGCGUGGAAAAAAGAAAAGUAUAGGCUGUCACAAACAGUGGUUUUGACGUUUGCGAUUCAGACAUGUUUGCAAUGGCCUUGGUUUGCCAAGAUGAUAUGAUUUGUUGAAGAGACACAUGAUCCAAACAAACAAGUCAACACCUCUCCCACACAACAGUCUCUCUCUGAAGCUCCUCUCCUUUUCACCAUGAUGCCAUCAACCAUCCUCCACAUGGACAUACACAUGCAUGCACGCACACAUGCACACGCACUAAGUCAGUGUGAGUCUAUUCAUUCAAUUCCAUGUUUACAUUUGUUAUUUCCACAAGAACCUUGUAUAAGUUUACAAUGUAUUUUGAACAGUACAUAUCUCAGUAUCCUUGUUGUGUAGUGAAUGUAUUUUUUAGUAAUAUUGCAGUCAAAAAAAUGAAAGAUGAUCAAUAUUUUAUUACCCAGCUGUGGCAUAGUUAAUAGCCCA